AAAUGGCAUUAUUUCAGUCACCUGACAUGGUGAGGUAAACACUGAUUUCGUGAAGAUAGGUCUGGUGAAAGUGAUGUUUUGGCUAAGUUAGCGCCCUUACAGAUGAUUCAUUUAGAUUCUUAUGGGGAGGAAAAAGAACCGGGCGUCCGAUCUUCGAUGGUGUAGUUUGCUGGCGUCACUGGCAUUUUUGACUGCCGUCAACAGCAGUGAUAGCGUCGAAUUACCUGUGUGCUCGAAGCUUAGCUCUGGGAAAAGGUUUCUUAUGCUUGUAAGCACCCUAGAUGGCAGAAUCUCAGCACUAAAUGUUAAUGAACAUGGAAAGCCAGAAUGGGGUUUAAAUGCUGGACCAAAACCAUUGCUUUCUUCUAGUAUUAGCAAACUUGAGAUUCAAAGAGAUGGAAUCCCCAUCAAGCUAAUCCCUUCACUAGAUGGCAAGCUAUACCAGUUUGAUGGUGAAAGCAUUGAAUCUGUUCCAUUUAGUGCAGACUCCUUGCUCAGUUCUUCUUUCAAAUUAUCUGACAAUUCCAUGGUUGUAGGAGGGAAGGAAACUAGAACUUAUGGAAUUGAUGCAAAGACAGGGAAGGUUCGGUAUUUGUGUAGUCCAGCAGGAUGUGAGGUUUGUGGAGAAGAUGCUGUCACAGAAAAGGAUGAUAUCAUGGUUGUUAGAAGAAAUACACAAACAGUGCGGGCAGUGGACAGUAAAACGGGAUAUGAAAAAUGGAAUUUUAGUGUAGGUCAACAUGAGUUGGAGUUCUUGGAAGGUAUCCAGCCUGGUGUUUCUUCAUUAGAUGAAGAUGAUGAUGAUGAUGUCACAAUAACUACAUGCUCUGUUACAGGCGAAGAGAUUCCGGAUGUUGCAACAGAACGAGUAAAAAAUCCAGCACCAUCCUUUAUAGUUCUACCUAGUGGAUUGAUAGUGGCUGUCGACAAAGAUAAUCCUUCCAAUGUUUUAUGGCAACACAAGUUUGAAAGUCCCAUAGCCAGUGCUUGGACUCUUAGAGGCAAUCAUCUAGAACAAAUAGAUGUUUUGGAUGGUGACAGAAAUAGUCAAGACUUUCGAAUAUCAGACAAUAAGAUAGAUAUGGAACCACUACCACCUGCACCUGUGAUGUAUUUAGGCAUGCACCAGAACCAACUGUAUGUUCAGCCAUCUGUCAAAACUACAGUAUUUGGUACAUAUGGUCAAAACAUGCCAAAAUUGAGGUGGAGGCCUUUGAUUGCAACAUCCCCCUCAAGAACUCCUGUCAUAAACAUAAAUGAUGAGGCCAACACACCACUUCUGGAUUUCCAUGGAAGGGACCAAAAUGCGGAGACAGAAGUUCAGGCUGUUAGUGUUUGGCAUCAGGGAUAUCCAUAUGAUAAUGGAUAUUUCCUGUACAGUGAUGGGACCACAGCACCUAUGCCAGAUCCUCUUAAAAGGCAGCUGGAUUUUCUGAACCUAACCAAUUUAUCCAGCACAGGAGAAUAUGACGGCAGUUUUACAGUGUCAUUGUGGAACUGGUGGAAAGAGGUGGCAGCAAUUAGUAUUUUGACAGCAGUUUUAUUCCAUUUAUUCAUUACCAAGUAUGUAGUGAGAAGCAUAAUGUUGGAGAAUCUGAAAGAUGAACAGAUGAAUGAAAAACUGAAGAAAGAAGGCAGCAAAUCUUCUGGGUCUUUGCAAGAAAGUCUUGACAGACAAGACAGCAAUGAGAGUGUGGUUGGGGAUAAAGGACUUUCAACUACUCAGGGGCCAUUUGUCUCCAGGUUUUACUCUGACUUUGAUCAGCUGGCAUGUCUAGGGAAGGGUGGCUUUGGAGUUGUAUUUGAAACCAAAAAUAAAGUGGAUGAUAACCAUUAUGCCAUCAAGAGAAUAUCCUUGCCAAAUAGUACGGAUGCAAAGGAAAAGGUUAUGAGAGAAGUUAAAGCACUUGCCAAGCUAGAUCAUGGCGGUAUAGUCAGAUAUUUUCAAGCCUGGUUAGAAAGCCCACCUCCUGGCUGGCAAGAAGAGAGAGAUGUUGGGUUACUUGACAGUGACACCACUACUAUAUCUCAAACACCUUACAGUGGGACUUAUAAAAAAGACUUAUUGAAGACGUCUAGUCCAGUUGACUGCCCCAUUGGAAGCAGUAGAAGUCUAGGAUUUGUACCACAUAAGGAAGAUAUAGAUAAUGAUGAGAGUGGAUCCUUUAGUGUAGUUGGAACCCCACAUACAAUGCCACAUUUUCACACAAAGACUUCUGUAGACUUUGACUUAGACACAUCAGAUUCAGACUCUGAAAAUGACAUCCUGGACAACUUGGAGGCAGGAUUGCAGGAUGUACCUUUUCAAGUGUAUCAAGAAAAACAGCUGGAUGUUGAAAAUGUGGAUUUUGAUAAUUCGAAUGAUUCUCUUAACAUUGUUUUUGAGGAUUCUGGAUGUGAAGAAAAAAGCAACAGUGAUUCCGUUUUUUGUGCAGAGACUAGUAGCUGUGAUUACACAAACUCUGAAAGUGGACAGUUAAGAAAUGUAAUUGUAUCUAAAGAGUCACAUUCUCCAAUUUCUAGUUCAUUUACUCUGCAUUCUUCCAAACCAAGCAGAACUGAAAAAAGAAAGGAUUCUAGUCUUCCAAAAAUGUAUUUGUACAUACAGAUGCAGCUUUGCAAAAAGGAGACACUCAAGGACUGGCUAAAUUCCAACACGCUCAAUAGGAAUCACACUGAGCUGAUGCGCAUUUUUGUGCAAAUAGUUGAUGCAGUGGAGUAUGUUCAUGGCAUGGGACUGAUGCACAGAGAUCUCAAGCCCUCAAACAUUUUCUUUUCACUGGAUGGUACUAUCAAAGUAGGAGAUUUUGGUCUAGUCACAGCAAUGGCGGAAUACACAGAUACCCUAGUUGACAAUGAAGAAGAUGAACAAGGCAAACACACAAACCAAGUUGGGACUACUUUGUACAUGAGCCCAGAGCAGAUUGCUGGGAAAAGUUAUAGCCACAAAGUUGACAUUUAUGCCAUGGGUCUGAUUUUCUUUGAACUGUUCUACCCAUUCUCAACACAGAUGGAAAGAGUUGUUACCCUACAAAAUAUCAGGCAAUUGAAUUUUCCUGAGAGAUUUAGCAGGGAACUCGGAGAGGAGUGCCAGUUUGUCAAAUGGCUUUUAAUGCCCAAACCAGAAGAAAGGCCUGAAGUUACAGAAAUACUUGAAAGUCCACUGAUGAAAAAUUUUGAGCAAACCAUGCACAACCAACUCAAAAGAAACCGAUCUCGCACUAUAUCUACAUCAAGUAGCUGAAUUAUCUUGCAUGCGUUACACACGUUUGACAGAACUGUAAGAUUGACAGUAUGCACAUUGAACUUGGCACAUUAUAACCUCUGGUUAAAGUAAAAAUAUUUGAAUCAUGUUUUCAUUUUGAAUAUUGGCAUUGCUGUCAUCACCAUGACCAAAAAAUGGAAAAAAAAGCUGUGAUAAAAAUGCACAAUUUAGUUACGUGCAACCUCAUUGUAAUUACAUGUUGGAGAUUAUUCAUUUUCAUUAUUCACAAAUUUAUUUUCACUAAAAUAUCUUAAGUAAGGAACAAAUACAUUGUUGCAGUAUUAUAAAUGUUUUAUUUGAAAUAAAUGCGUAUGUACAACA